GCUAGUGAAAGGUUUGUCCCGCGGUCUUCCGCCCCUGACCUCGGCAGGCGAGGGGAGCAUCGCGUCCCGAGUCCUGGCGGAGUUUCCAAGCCCUGGGGGCCCCUGGGGAAACCUGGACUACUCAGGGUGGGGCCCGGUGCAGCGACCACUCACUCCCUGGGGAUUCGGCCCAGAGCACGGGCUGCUAGCACGUGUUGAAAAAGUCGGGGUCCCAGCAACGAGGUUUCGGGGCAGACGGGCAUCGGCCAGUGCAGUUCCCGUCAGCGGGACCCGUUCAGUGGGAAUUGAGGAGCGGGCCACGCAAUCGUGAGCGAAACUCUCCUGCCCGCGGGAGCCUCCGAGGCUGGGGUCCGAGGCCCGGCGCGCAGUGGCCGGAGGUGAGCGCCGUGGGCCCGCGAUUUGACCCGGCAGAGCUAGGACCGAGCAGAGACCCGAAGACCGGAUGAGAAGGGCGAAGGCCCGAGGGUCGUUCUGCCUUGCCGGAGGGCAGAAAACUCCAGUGGCUGAAGCAGCGGCGAGGGCGGACCCCCGAAGCCUGGAGGGUUCCUGGAGGUGGGCAGCAACUAGAAGCGGGGUGAAGCAGAAGACAGACGACACCUGCAGAGCUGGCAUUACUGAAGAGUGACUGCUGAGCCAAGGGGGACCAGGUCCCUGCACUCUGUGGAGCUUGAAGGGAAUCAAAGGUGUUCUCAGUUGUGAAAGAGGAGAGUUUGGACAGCAGAACAAAAAAGGAAGAUAGCCCCCUGGAGCAGAUACCUUUGACACAGGAGGCCAGUUCAAACCCUUUGCAAAAGCCUUUGCCAAGUCUCUCCAUCUGCUCAGUCGCUGGAAGGUAGAUAGCCCCAGGAUGGAGCCUAGUCAGCCUUGGGGGCCAGGCCAGGCAAGGAUAAAGCUAAAAACAGACAGCAUUGAAGAGAAGGUGUCUGACCAGCCGAAGCCAGUGGAACCUGUACAGAAGCUGCUCCCUCAGGUGGAUGAGGAGGACCUGCUGAAAGCCCAGAAGGGAGAGAGCUGGUGGAAGAUGUGGGUGAAGAAGCCAGUCACCUUUGAGGAUGUGGCAGUGACCUUCACCCAGGAAGAGUGGAAAUGUCUAGAUGCCAGUCAGAGGGUCCUCUACCAGGAUGUUAUAUCAGAGACUGUCAGAAACCUGAUGUCUGUGGAUGGAAUCUUUCUGUCUAAUCUAGAUCUGAUCGCCAAGCUUGAGCAAGAAGAGAAACAGUGGGAAGCAGAUCUCUGUUCCCCGAAUGGAGAAGGCUUUCAUUCAGGAGGCAAGAAGGAAGGAUGCCAAGAACAGAGUCAGAGUGUGGGAGAUGAAGGGACUGUUGAUGACAAGAAGGCCUCCCUUGCUCACAGAGGCUCAGGCCCAACCUCUCCUCCAGCUGGGUCCCCGGACAAGACACCAGCGUUGCCAGAAUCCUGGGCUCGGCCAGCCUUUACCUGUCACACCUGUGGCAAGUGCUUCAGUAAGCGCUCCAGCCUCUACAACCACCAGCUUGUUCACAACAGCGCCCAGUGUGGGAAGUCCUUCCAGAACCCCAAGGACCUCAGCUCCGGCCGGCGCAAGCAACUCAGGGAGAGGCCCUUCCGCUGCUCACUCUGUGGCAAGACCUACUGCGAUGCUUCUGGACUGAGCCGUCACCGCCGUGUCCAUCUGGGCUACCGGCCGCACGCGUGCCCCUUCUGUGGGAAGUGCUUCCGGGACCAGUCUGAGCUCAAACGCCACCAGAAGACGCACCAAGGCCAGAAGCUGGGGGCUGGAAACCAGAAGCAUAUUGUGAGGACUCCGGAUACCAGAGCUGGAUUACAGGGGCCAGCAACAGGGAACCAUGCACCAGUGGCUGGGACCCAAGGACCCACACUUAAAACCAAGGGUCCCCAGACUGAGCCCCAGCCGUCAAUAGACAGGAACCAGGCACCUGCCACCAAGAACCUGGUAACCACUGUGAGCGCUCAGGCCCCAGUUAUUACGGCCCCGGAGCCUGUGACCAGAACCCCAGGCCCAGAGCCUGUGACCAGAACCCUGGCAGCCAACAUGCGAGCCACCCGGCUGAACACCAAGUCCAACUCUCACCCAGAGAAGCCUUCAAGACGCAAGGUCUUCUCUUGCCCUCAUUGUCCCUUGACUUUUAGCAAGAAAACCCGUCUCUCCAGUCAUCAGAAGGUCCAUUUCACAGAGCAGUCCAACCGCUGCUUCCACUGUGGCAAGUCCUUCACUUUAUUCUCCGGGCUGAUCCGGCACCAGCAGACUCAUUGGAAGCAGAGGAUCUACUGUUGCCCUAUCUGCGACGUCUGCUUUGGGGAGAAAGAGGACCUUUUGGGUCACUGGGGGGGCUACAGAAGCAAGGGGCUGUUCCUGGGCAGUCCCCACAAGUGCUGGGCCAUCCUGGGUCAGUGGCUCGGCUUCUUUCCCAAUGCCUCUGCUGUGGCAGGGAAGGAAAUGGAUCUUUCUCCUGGAUCUAGACCCUCAGGAAACGGGAGGAAGGGAGAGGAAAAGGCACGCAGAAGAAAGAAAGCAGAGAAGGCAGUGAAGGUCUUGGAAGGGAAAUGAAUGGCCUGUCCGCCCGAGGUCUUUCUCUGUUUGGUUUUCCAGAGGAAUGACCUCCAGGGUAAGGAGACUGGGAUAGAGGAAGAGAGGUGAGGGGAUAGUGGAGGACAUACAGAAAGGAAAGGGGACAAGAAGUGGCACUUGGAAACUUGUAUUGUUAUUAAUUAGCACCUAGCUUGUUUCUUUGUGUCUGAUAGACCAUCAAGUAGUAAUUGUUCAAAAAGACAGUGGAUCUUCAAUAGGUAUGAAGAUGGGAGGGAAAGGAUGAGAGAAGGGGAAGUCUGAGGGGCCCAUCUGGAGGGGUGUGGAAGUAGAAGGGAGGUGUUUGAAAGCAGGCGUGUUGCUCCCUUCUCAUCCCUUGCUCCCCUGGCUCCUCGCUGAGCCGCCCAGGCAAGAUGGAGCUCUGGCCAGCACUCUAUGGGUUUCUCCCCAGGUCCUCACUCUGCAGGUCACUUGGCUCUCUCCUGGAUAUUGUGGACUUUUCCUGCACCUUCUCUUCAACCCUUCACACCCCUCAGCUCUGCCUACCAGGGCUGAGAUCUUGAAAGAAAUGACCACCAUUUGCAAAGCUGAUGUGUUGUAAUUUGCAACGAGGAGGUUCCUGGUCUCCAUUUCAUGGCAGAGACCCUCUUGUCUGUGUUACUCUGCAGCACAGGUGUCCUCUGACAGAAGAACACCUGCCUGGCUAUAGCCUGAGAGGAUUUCCAGGUGGAAGACAAGCCAAGGAGCAGAACGAUGUGGGCAGCAAAAAGGGGGAGAGGAAGGAAGGAGCUGGGGAAAGGGACAGACAAGGUAAUGACAGAAGAGAAGUCGAUUCUGUUUGGAAUUCAGAGCAUUCCUGAAGUGCAGAUUGCAAUGUCCCCGCAGCGAAGAGGGAGGCCAGUGAAUGUGCAACUCAAUGGAUGUGACAUCCCCAAGGACUGAUCCUUGGACCAGCCAGGCUCUUCUGCAUCUCAGCCAAGAUGCGGUGUCCUUCAGAAGGGGUUUCCUAGAAGGAGGAGAAAAUAACUUGAAAAAGCUGUCAACAUUUUCUGUCAUGAAACUGUUAAACCAGAGAGAAGACAGACCCUGAGGAGUCACCCAGCAUCAGAGGUGAGGCCCGGAGCAGCUGCUGGAGGGAAUGAAUGAACGGAUGGGAAA